AUGAAAACGGCGCGAUUUCCAUCCAACACAUUUUUUUUGCAUUAUCAACAUACUCACAUUAGUCAUAAUUUCGAGGGAUUCGUUACGGAAUUUUCAAGAAGCAUAAACAUUACUGGAGACGAUAAUACUGGUGGUGAUGACCGUAACAUGAACAUUAGUGGUAGUGAUGGUGGUGAUGACAUGAGCAACAUUAUUGACGAUAUUAAUGGUGAUGAUGGUAACACUGUUAUUGGCGACGGAAAUAAUAGUGAUGACAGCAGCACGGACAUCAGUGGCUGCAAUAAUAUUUGCGAAGAACAUCCACCGAAGAGUAAAGUCUACUGA